AAUAUUGUUUAACUUGUGAAAAUCACUUUGUUGCAUGUACUUUGAACUCUGCACUUUGCGUCAAUACAUAUAUAUUAUUGUUAGGUAUACUUUUAUCAUGUAUAGUUCCCUUGGUUACUUGUAAUCACAACAUCCUGACAUCGAGUAGCUCCACUUUGCUUGUUCGAUGCUUCUCGUUACCAUUCAAAAUGUCCAUUUUUCCCAGAAACAAUCUUCAUCUAUUUUACAAUAAAAAAUAUACGUCAAUUUUUAAAUUGUGUAUACUACAAUAGUGAUUAAAAAAAACACGCAAAUUCUUCCUCAUCAAAUAUUUAAUUUAAAAAAAAGGAAAAAAAUGAGGAAUUUUAAUUGUAAACACUGUCUGAGUAUUUUUAUUCUAAUUCUUUUUGAAAUUCCUCAAGAAGGCAAAACUUUGGAUUGCUUCAAAUGUGUUUCAAUUGGUGGAGAUAACAAACCCUGUGAUGACCCAUUUCAUAACAAUGGAAGUUUGGAGUUUCUAGAGUCUCCUUGUUUAGGGGGUCGUAAAAAUAGAGAUGGUCUUUUUCCUGCAACCGCUUGUGUAAAAAUAGCAGGAAUUUACUACGAUUCUGGAGUGUCAUUAACAAUUAGAAGUUGCGCUUUAGAUAGUGGUACAUUAACAACAGAUUCCGAAUUAAUACGAAUGUCUCACUGUGGAGGAUUUUAUUUCGAAAAUAGAUACGUUAAAGGAUGUGUUCAAUCGUGUAGUGAUGCUGACGCUUGUAAUUUAUCUACUCGAAAUUUGAAGCCUACAAUUCUUCUCAUAAUAUCCUAUUUAACUUUGAAAUAUUUCUAAAAUUAAAUUCUCUUUCUAGUCAUUUAGAAACUUUAUUAAAAUAACGAACACCAAUUUUUUAAUUAUAAAUCAUACUGUGAUUCAUUUAUUUUCAAUUUUGGACAUUCAAUAUCCAAAGUUGAAAAUUAGAAAGUAUUUUCAAAGUAUUUUCACAAUGUGUUCAUUUUUACAACGAAACAAAAAUUUUAUGUCUUUUAUUUUUACUUAUA